CCAUGUGUGUUUAGCGUUUGGGAGGCGGCGGGCUCUGGUUUGCCGGUUCUGUCUCCGCCCCCGUCGAAGAACUGCGCGGUUGGAGCGGCCAGGGGUGGGCUGUUCCUGCCACACGCUCCCGGCCAUUACGGCCCCGGGGGUAGCGGAGCCCGGGCUAUGACCUGCUACCCGGGCUUCCUAUGCGGCUGCCGCUGCGCAGCCAGCCGGGCGGCCGCCCUGCACUCCCUGCUGAAAUACCAAGCAGCGGCUGCGGCUUCCUCUCUCCUGGCCGGGCUGCCGCUGUCCGGCGGGCUGCAGCGGCGCCUCCUCACGCGCAGCCGGCUGAGCCCGGCCGAGUCGUUGCUCCCCUCCUUCGCCGCCGCCGGGUUCCCACCCCAGCGCCUCCUCCAGCAAGAGAGCUCAGGCUCGCCUGGACCAGGACCUUUCGCGCUGGGCCAGCAGAGCUCUUCUGGGUUCGCCCUGUCGCGGCUGGAUCAGCGGCGGGGGAGGAGCGCGGGUAGCGCGGGGCUCCCCUGUGGCGGUGGGUUCCGCCCCAGCCGGGUCGUGGUGGUGGCCAAGACCACCAGAUACGAGUUCGAGCAGCAGCGGUACCGCUACGCGGAGCUCUCGGAGGAAGAUCUCAAACAGCUGCUUGCAUUGAAGGGAUCUAACUACGGUGGACUACUGGAGCGACAUUAUAUUCAUACAAAAAAUGUGGAGCAUGUUGUAGACAGUUUACGGAAUGAGCAGAUCGAGGUCCGUCUUGUUAAACGCCGAGAAUAUGAUGAAGAGACAGUUCGAUGGGCAGAUGCUGUUAUAUCAGCAGGAGGUGAUGGCACCAUGUUGCUGGCAGCUAGUAAAGUCUUUGACAGAUUUAAACCAGUUAUUGGAGUAAAUACUGAUCCAGAAAGAUCUGAGGGCCAUUUGUGUUUGCCUGUACGAUAUACACACUCCUUUCCAGAAGCAUUACAGAAGUUUUAUCGUGGUGAGUUCAGGUGGCAGUGGCGGCAGCGAAUCCGGAUGUAUCUUGAAGGAACUGGUAUUAACCCUACCCCUGUAGAUUUGCAUGAGCAGCAGUUAAGCCAGGAGCAGCACAGCAGGGCCCACGUUAAUGGAAGAUUCCAUGAUCAAAGAUCUGAAGUUUCUGGACCACAUCUUUUGCCAGUGAGAGCACUAAAUGAAGUCUUCAUUGGAGAGUCUCUCUCAUCCAGGGUGAACUAUAAGUCCUGCAAACCCAGUUUUAAAUUCUCGCUUCAUAGGGCCUCCUACUAUGAGGUAUCAGUUGAUGAUGGUCCAUGGGAAAAGCAGAAGAGUUCAGGGCUCAAUGUAUGCACUGGAACAGGAUCAAAAGCCUGGUCCUAUAAUAUUAACAAGGUGGCAACCCAGGCUGUUGAAGAGAUCCUUAAGAUUGCUAAAAAGCAUGAGAGCUUGAAUCUUCCUUUGAGCAGGGAACUAAUACAGAAAGUAACAAAUGAAUAUAAUGACUCCCUGCUGUAUAGUCCAGAAGAACCAAAGAUGUUUUUCAGUAUUCGAGAGCCUAUUGCAAACCGGGUUUUUUCAAGUAGUCUGCAGCGUGGCUUCUUUUCAAAGGUUUGUGUCCGGUCACGUUGUUGGGAUGCCUGUAUGGUGGUAGAUGGAGGAACUUCUUUUGAGUUUAAUGAUGGGGCAAUAGCUUCAAUAUUGAUCAAUACAGAAGAUGCAUUGCGCACUGUUUUGCUAGAAGAAUGAAGAAAUUUAAUACAGUCUGUUGAAAUCCUACUAAAUCCUGCACCCGGAAAAGGGAAUCACUGCAGAGAUAGACAGUACAUCAGAAUGCUGCAUUAUUUUAAGUUGAAAAAUUUUCUUCUCUUGAUGCAAGAAUAUUGAGAAGAGACCUGAAAUCAUUUCCCAUUCCUGGGAUGGGGAAAUCUUGGAAAAAACUGGUUUUUGAGC